CUUAGAGGCUCGCGUGUUCGCUAGUGUGCAGCUAUUCUAACUUUAGAAACGGCCUGUCCAAGUGCAUCGUCCACCGCAUCUCGUACUAUCAAAGUCUGAUUUGAAAUUAAAACGGUAUUGCGAAUUUGAGUAGCUGAGACCACUUGCAAAUGACAAUGCUGCCUUAACAUGUUCAACAUAACAGCUGUGCUGCGUUCAUUGUAAUGCAAUAUUGAUGAGAAUCUAGAAUGAAUUCCGUACGGCUAUUGUCAGGAUAUGACAUGCCCACAGUGGGGCUGGGAACGUGGCAGGCUAAGCCAGAAGAGAUCGAAACUGUUGUGAGCACCGCCUUGGAGUGUGGCUACAAGCAUAUUGAUACAGCAGCGAAUUAUAACAAUGAGGAUGCGAUUGGUAGGGCUCUGAAAAAGUGGUUUGAGAAAGGUGGUGUUAGAGAAGAACUUUUUAUCACGACGAAGUUGCCCCACUUUGGCAAUCGACCAUCCGACGUAGAAAAGUUCAUUAAAUUGUCGUUGGAGAAGCUCGGAUUAGAUUACUUGGACAUGUAUCUCGUUCACAUGCCCUUCGCAUUUAAGUUGGACGAAAGUACGUGCGCCGCAGCGACGAGCGAGGAUGGAAGUUACAUACUCGACUUUGAUACAGAUCCAGUCUCGGUGUGGAAAGAGAUGGAGAAGCAAGUUGAACUGGGACGUACCAGAUCUAUAGGUUUAAGCAACUUUAACGAAGAGCAGAUCUCAACCAUUUGGGAAAACGCACAAAUUAAGCCGAGUAAUCUGCAGGUAGAAUUACACGCUUACAUGCAGCAGACGCCAAUUCGAGAAUUGUGCAAAAAGCAUAAUAUUGUUGUAACGGGUUACAGCCCAUUGGGCUCUCCAGCCGCGAAGACGCACUUUCAAGCCAAGUAUAACUACACUUCGGAAGCAUUUCCCGACUUGCUAAAUCAUCCAAUUAUUCAAAGUGUCGCUACGGAACAUAACAGGACAGCGGCACAAGUUGUACUGCGUCACUUGUUACAACUGGGUGUUGUAAUUAUCCCCAAGAGCUCGUCUCCCGAGAGAAUCAAGUCGAAUAUCGAGUUAUUUGAUUUCGCCUUAACACAGGACAAUAUGAAAGUCUUGAGUACCUUGGAUAAAGGUGCUAGUGGACGAAUCUUUAAUUUCUUAUUUUUUAAAGGAAUUCAAGAUCAUCCACAUUAUCCGUUUAAAAGUGAACUUUUAUAAUCGCAAAUUAACAAGUCAUUAGUUCGUAAUGAAAAUAG